CCGCAGAAUAUCAUCUUCACGCUGCCUUAGCGUAGGUGCAUGCCCCUGCAUGUACUCUACCCUGCGCAAGCGAGGGGAUGUCAAGGAUGUCGGCGUCAAGGAGAGGAAGUCAGCCGUAGGCCCCGUCCCGGAAAGGAUGGUUGUCUACCUGCACAACGUCUUUCUCCUCAUGCGCAGCAUUUGAGGUGCCGAUGGGGCCUCUGCCUACGUCACGCCCAUCGCGCAGCGUAACAGGCAGCCACGCCCACAAUAAGCACAACCAUCCAGCCAGCCGCGCCUACGCCUCUCUGCUCAAUCGCAAAGGCACCGACGGCGGCAGUCCCCUCUCAGCGAGAGCAGCAGCAGGCCCCAACGCAGCGCACAGAAUACAUAGCCUCGAGCAUCCGCACAACACCGUCGCCCGGCACGAUAAGCACUCUCCAAUCUCGAUGCCAGACGUCUCGUCAGCGGCAGUAGGGGCAGCUUCUCUACCCUCUUCUCAAGCGUUCGUUCCCUUGUCGUCCCCCUCCAUUCAUACCACGCCCUCGCGUGACGGGCAUCUUCGGUACGCUCUCGAGUUUCUCCUUCUGUAAGAGAUUACAACUACGAAGGAGUGACGUGAACCACCAUCCCCCUUUCGCACGCAAGCUUCCGAUUGGCUACUAGUCUGCGACACGCCGGGAACGUCAACGACCAAAGGAGAAUCGAGAAUAUGACCAC